CCUAGCCAACAUUUGUGUCAACAAAGUCGUUUUCUGUUGAAAAUUGUCUGCAGAUAUGAAAGUUCAAUUGUAAAUCAAAUAAAAUGUUUCAAGAAAUUCACAAAAUAGAAAAUAACCAAGCUUGAAAAUUGUUCAAAAUUGAUGAACUAGCAGGAAGCGGGUGAAACAACAUCAUGAUACAAAUAAGGGUUGUGAAAUUUUUUACCAGAAGCAGAAAGCAUUUUUGACGGAGAACUAUGAGCAACAGCUUCAGUUCUAAGAGGCGACACCACGAGCAAAGCAAAUUUUGUUAUAAAAGGCCUGCAUAUCGUGAAGCAAAAUGGGAAAGAGCCGUUAAAGUUUAUACAAUUAGCCAAGAAUCCAAAUAUUUGUUAGUGCAAGGUGUUCCUAGUGUUGGAGUCACUAAAGAACUCAUUGAAUUGUUUGCCAUCUAUGGAGCUGUGGAAGAAUAUAGGUACUUAGAUGAGUAUCCUGGAGAAGAGUUCACAGAUGUUUAUUGGAUUAAAUUCCAAAAGAUUCAAUCAGCUCGGUUCGCCAAAAAGAAGCUUGAUAUGAGGUCUUUCUAUGGCGGAGUACUUCACGUUUGCUACGCUCCAGAAUUUGAAACAGUAGAUGAUACUAGAGAGAAGCUUAGAGAAAGAAGGCAACAGGUGGCAAGGAAGUGUAGAGAGUACUACCCUGAUCAGUACAGUUCUCGAACUGAAAAUAAAGAACACAAACAAGCAGUCAAUGCAGAAACAUCGACAAACUCUUUUCAAAGCCAGGAGGAACCCGGUGGUGCUUCAUCGCAAGUGUUGGCGAAAGAAUCCUCAAGCAUUGCACAGACAUUUGAUACGAAUCAAAAUUCAUCAAUAGAGAUGUCCCCUUACCCCCAGUUACCUCUACCGCCUAUGCACCUCCCACCUUUUCUGUAUCCUCCACCGCCCCCACCACCCCCUCCAGAAUUUCCUAGAUUACCAACGAAAGAUGCUAGUCUGCCAUAUGAUGUUAAGGUCAAUGCAAUGACGUCAGUAAAUGUUGAAAUGAGCAGCCAUUCAGCCUCCGUUAGUAGCAAACCGAAAGGCGAAUGCCAUGGGCAUUCAACAAGUACUUCCAAUUCAGAUCGAAACUCCUCGAAUUCAAGGUCAAAUAUUGAUGGACCUCAGAAGUCGAGAAGGAUUGUUUGGCACAAACCUCCCUCCGUUCCAAAACCAAUUCAAAGUGCUGACCGUCGGCCUUUACCUGAACCAGGAGCUUGGGACCCCCAUGCUCAUGAAAGAAAGCAGUUGAAAUCACUUACUGGCGACCAUCACCUUGAUGAAGUAGCCUUACAAAUACGGGAAAAACUGAGUAAGGCUAUUUCGUCUAAUCAUGUAAAAGAAGACAAUGCACCUGAGGUUGUUUGUUGUUCCUAGUUUUGUCCAUUUCGACGAAGCAAGCGCCAGAUUUGCAACCAGUGAAAAAGAAGACUAGAAAGAGAAUCUGACCAUUUUACUUCUUUCAGAAGAAAUAAAUAUUUUUGGUUGGUAAUUCAAAAACAGUGGCAGAAACAACGCCAAUAAUGCUGCCCGAUCAAGAAAAUGAAAAAUAAGUCUUCAAAGCAAGUUAUCUUUUCAUGAGAGAAGGGCAAUUGGCUACAAAAUCAUUUUCCAAGAAACUUGGACGCUUGUUUACACAUGGUUCAUUUAUAGUGCGGCAUUACAGAGAUGCCAGGACACUUGAAAUUCGCUGUUAUUUUCCUGCAAGCGAGUGCUGCUGAAAAGUGACAUUAACCUUUCCCUUAUUUUUAUUCAUGUCUUUUCUCCAACCUACCAUUUUAAAUUUGGGAACACUGCUCACGAAACCUUCCCUGGACACCACGAUUGACUUUUAACCUGAGUGUUGUUUUUGUUUAAAUAAAAACUUACAUUUGAAAACUUGAGUUCUUUAAAGAAAUUUAUUGUUCGGGAAUGCUUAAUAGUGUUCUUAAUGUUCUGUGACUUGAGGUGGUGCUAGGGAUAAGCAUCCCAUCCAUCAAGGUUUAUUUUCUAAACAACAUCCAAAUGAAUGGAAAUUACUGUUUAUCUGGUCUGUCAUUUAGGCUUUGAAGAACAGAACUAGAGGGUUCUAACAAAUUUGUAAAAUAUAAGCGAUAGAAAAAGUGGAGGAAAUUAAGUUUUUUGUGUAGCUGUAAAUUUUCCGAGUCAUUUGUUGUCUUUCAUUUCCUAUGCAAAAAAUUGAUUCACGAGGGUUUUGUAGACAACGAGGGAUCCAACACUUGAAUAGUGCGCGGAGUUUGCUUGAAUAGCAGCCAGUUAUUUGGAACACGGAUAAAGACUCUUUUUUUGGACUGGAUCUUAUUAUACUCAAGAUUAUAUAUACAUUCAACUUACUCGCAUUAUUCAUAUAUCUUAUUCAAGUACUUACACUUGGUGAGCAAAAGUACUGCACAGGCUAGGCUAAAAAAGAAAUGACAACACUGCAGCAAAAUUUUUUAGCAAACCAAAAUUCAAGUGGCCAUAGCAAGUGUCAUAAAAAGUUACAAGAUGACUCUUUAGUUGGAAUAUAUUGGAAAAUUUAUCAAAGUUUGAUGCUGAAAAUAGUAAAUGCAAAAAUAUUCUUGAUUUUUGCCUAUUUCUAAACAAUAUCGACAUUUGCAAAAUCGCAAAAAUUGAGCAAUAAUGAUUGAAGUACCUGUCAAACAUAUGCAAUAAAAAAGUUCAUCUUUGCACCAACUUGCGAUAUCUUAUUUCAAUGAACUUGGGGGUACUUACUUUAUGCUUGGGUAUCUAGAUCUGCUCAUUUUCCUCACUUUAGUUGGAGAAUAUGCUAAACGUUUUGCUCGGAAAUUUUUGGAGCCGCAAUGGGCCUAAUCGCAGCGGCCGCUACGUGGUAUGUUGCAGCAGAAUUUAAUCACUAAAAUGUGUCACAAAUCGUCAAGUCCAUUCUUUCCAACCGAUUCAUAUUGUAAUGGGAACAAAUAGCGCUGCAAAUUGCGUAAACCAACAUCUCUCUUUUAAGCCCCCAUCUUGGACUGAAAAAAUAAAUAAGCCCCCCGGGUGCUUAAUAGAGCUCUUACUGUAGCUGUUUGAAAUCAUUUGCGUAUUAUGACGUAAUCCGAUUUAGCUUUAGCACUUCCUCAUUGGAUGGUCUCGUUUCCAUAAAUUGCAAACAACGACACUAAUCUGGGAAUAGUUGACAAAAUCGUUGUUGGCAAUCAUUUCUCUCAAAAAUAAAGAAAGUAUCGUUGAGAAUGUCAUAUCCAAAACAAACCUCUCAUGGGCAACAGUCAGAAGAGGGGUAUCCAGGAAAGCAAUGUGGCCCUCCCCCACAAAGCUAUCCUGCAGUACCCCAAGGAUAUCCACAAAUGCCACCUCAAUAUGGACAAGCUGCUCCCCCUCCAUACUCUGCAUAUCCUCCUCAGCCCCAAGCUUAUCCUCCUCAGCCACAAGCAUAUACUUAUCAGCCACAAGCAUAUCCUCAACAAACUGUAACUUACCUGACUCACCAGCCAAUGGCCAGUGGAACAUAUGAUUCUGGGGCACGUUUUGAUGGGAUUUCAAGACCAAAUGUUCCUCCACCACCCCCAGGAGUUGCUCCAAAUGCAGCUCAAGUUGCUGCUUCACAGGGACAGCCAGCCCUACUCCAACAAAGGCAAAGUGGGUGGCUUGAAGGUGGUUCUGGUGCUGGGUACACAUUUUGGUGAAACUAACAGUUAUAACUAGAAAGUAAUUUGUGUUAUUUAAAGUAUGCAGUUAGCUGUACCUUAAGAGCUGUGGAUUGUUUAUGGAUAAAGGUAAAUGGCCCAGAAAAUGGUUUAUAAAACCAUCUAAGCAGUUCCUGUAUCAAAGGGGCCUUUUUUAUAACUAGAUAGACAUAUAUAGUAAGAUAAAUAAACAGAAAUCCACAAUCAAAACAGCUACAGCGUAAUUUCAACAAAAAAUUAUUAUUACAGCUUCCGCUCUUAAUUUAUGAUUAAUAUCUAGUUGAAAUUUAGAUUCAGGCUUCAAUUUCUUUGUCUCCAACACAAAAAAUUGGACCUUUUUCUCUGUUGAUAUAAUGCUUUAGAUGAAACAGCUUUUGCAUACACUUGAAGUUGAUACAGGAAAAUGGACACUAUAUCAAGCUAAUUGCAAUUUUCAAGUUUUUUUCACUUUGCCAAUCUUCUUGCCAAAUGCUUAUUUACUCCUUUAUGAAAAACGUCUGUUUCUCUAUGUGAUUCA